AUGUCAGUUAAAACUAAGGGUACUGGCGCAUAUUAUACAUUAUACAAUGAGAUAUGCAAAUGUGAAGAUCUUGAUUAUUUAGCCGAAUGUCUAUCAAGUGAUUUGGCUCAAAAUGAAAAGACAUCUAAACUUGUACGUUCAGAAGCAUUUUGGAGACGAGCUUUUGAAGAUCGUUGGCCACACCUCAACAAGAAAAAGGCAAAAUCUAAAACCUGGUUGCAGACUUAUAUGGAAAUGCAUGCAGCUGAAACCAUAGAGAACUUGAAUCCUGAUGACUGCACCAGAAAAACCAUCGAUAAUUUACAAAAUCUUUGCUCUCAACACGUUAAAGAAUUGAAUUUGACUCAAAUGGUGCCUAAUAACGUCGUUGAUAAUGAGCAUAUACCAAUAUCAUGUUUACUCGAAUGCUUUCCUCAUUUAACAAAGUUACACAUAACAUAUAGUGUGAAAGAUUUGAGGCGACAGUUUGAAUUUGGCUGCUACGAUCCAACACUUCUGGACAUCAAAGAUUUGGCAAAUGGUCUUGCUAAUUGCACACAUCUUAGAUCACUUAAAAUAUAUAGAACAAGACUAUGUGGGGGAACUGCUUUUCUUUUUGAUUCUUUAUUACGAUGUGGCUUGGAAGAGUUGUCACUUCCACAUUGUUCUUUAGGAGAUGAAGGAGCUGCACAUGUCGCCAGUUUAGUACAGUCAAACGCUAUGCUCAGAUAUUUGGAUCUUUGUGACAAUGAAAUAGGUAAUAUCGGCGGACAAUUACUGGCAUCAGCAAUCUUUGAAAGUUCUAAUGAAGAUUCUGAAUCAGAUGAGUUAUCCUUGUUGGGAUUGUCGCUGAGGCUAAAUCCAAUAAAAGACGAAGCUGCCUCUAAAAUCUUUAAAGGACUUACAUUCAAUAAGCAAAUUAAGUUGUGA